AUGCAGAACCCCGGUGUGCCGGCCGUGAGUUUAGGGGACUGGCCCGCAGCCGGACUCGGACCUGACCUCGAUCAUAUCCCGCUUCAGCCCGAUACCCUUACGCCCCAUGAUCUUAUCUCAACGACACCCCUUUUCGGGCCCCUUUCAGGGCGCCGAGAGCUCUCUGGCAGCGAAACCAGCCCCUGGUUUCUUCAAGACGAGACCUGGGUAAAGGAGCACCAACAACCGCAUGGGUCCGCCGGUGUCGAGCUGGACCCGUUCAUCCACGCCGUAGAAGGGAUGCUGCAGUCCUGGGCCAGGACCGGCCACAACAGCUUCAUCCAUGAGCGGCUGUAUGGCAAAAGCAUGCCUCCCUGUCUUCAGGACGCUUUCACGACGCUCUCCGCUUACACCAGCUGCACCCCGGUGGUGAAGGAGACGAUUUUACAGAUUGCCGAAGACCGCUCGUCUGCGCUGGCCUGCGAGAGUCUGCCCAGCGCUGCUGUCGGUGGUGGCGAUGGUGGCGACGGUGACGGUGGUGCGGCGGCCGUACGGGGCUAUCUAGCCCGCGUCCAUGCCCUGUUUACCUACAUCUUUAUCCGACUCUUUGACGGCUCAGUACGCGCGCGGGCUGCCGCCGAAGAACUUUGGCAGCUCUGGAUCCUGACGGAGAGCGUCCGGCGCUCACUGAUCAUCAUCGAGACCAUCGCCAACGUGUACGAGUGCAUGGUCCGCGGCUGGGCCGAGUGUACCGGCGCUGUCAUGUUCACCGCGCGCGCCGGCCUGUGGGAGGCCAAGUCUGCCGUGAAGUGGCUUGAGCUGUCCUCGGUGGAGUCGCCGCUGCUCGCCUCGUCGCUGUGCCCCGAGCAAUUCAUCUCCCGGUAUGCUGCGGGGGAAAUCGAUGGUUUUGCGAAGGUGGUAUGGGGGUGUGCGGUUGGUGUGGACAGGAUGCAGUGCUGGAUUGAUGGGACGGUGGGGGAAAGUAGAAUUUAG